UCCCAACUCCUCCUCCACCUCCAUCUCAUCACCAUCACCACCACCACAAUGAUUACCAUUUCCCAAGAGAUUUCACCCACGGUCGUCUCCUCUCCGCCGGAAACAUCACCUCCGGCGAGCUCACCUGAAACCAUCAUCUUCUGUUCAAGACUCCCUGACAUUCCUAUCCCCAACCACCUCCCUCUCCACACUUACUGUUUUGAAAACCUCUCCUCCUUCUCCGAUAUCCCCUGUCUCAUCUCCGGCGUCUCCGGUAAAACCUACACCUUCUCUGAAACCCACCUCAUCUGCCGCAAAACCGCCGCCGCCUUCUCGAGUAUUGGGAUCAAACAAGGCGAUGUCAUUCUCAUCCUCCUCCAAAACUCCCCUGAGUUUCUCUUCACUUUCAUGGCUGCUUCCUUUCUCGGCGCCACCACCACCACCGCCAACCCUUUCUACACCCCUUCCGAAAUCUCCAAACAAUUCAAUGCCUCCAACGCCAAGCUCAUCGUCACUCAAUCCCUCUACACCGACAAACUCCAAGAUCUCAACACCACCAUCAUCAUCACCGACGACGACAACAACAACAUCAACACCAACAAUCAACAAUGCUUCAAUUUCAAUUCAAUAAUCCAAGACGCCGAUGAGAAUUCAAUCCCGGAAAUCACAAUCAAUCCAAACGACCCAGUUGCUCUACCAUUCUCCUCCGGAACAACAGGGUUACCAAAAGGAGUGAUCCUCACACACAAAAGUUUGAUCUCAAGUGUCGCCCAGCAAGUGGAUGGUGAAAACCCUAACUUCCAUUUGAAGGGGAAGGAGGAUGUGGUGCUGUGUGUGUUGCCAAUGUUUCACAUAUUCUCUUUGAACUCAGUGUUGCUUUGCUCAUUGAGGGCCGGAGCAGGGGUGUUAAUAAUGCCCAAAUUUGAGAUAGGAUUGAUGUUAGAAUUGAUAGAGAGGCAUAGAGUGACGGUGGCGGCGGUGGUGCCGCCAUUGGUGCUGGCGCUGGCGAAGAGUACGAUGGUGGAGAAGUAUGAUUUGAGUUCAAUAAGGAUAGUGUUGUCCGGGGCAGCGCCGCUGGGGAAAGAACUGGAGCAGGCACUUCACCGGAGACUGCCUCAUGCUGUUUUUGGCCAGGGUUAUGGUAUGACAGAAGCUGGGCCAGUGUUGUCAAUGUGUUCAGCUUUUGCUAAGCAACCGGUGCCGGCCAAGUCCGGCUCAUGUGGCACGGUGGUGAGGAAUGCUGAGUUGAAGAUCAUCGACCCGGAGACGGGCUUCUCUUUGGGCCGGAACAAGCCCGGUGAGAUAUGCAUCCGUGGGCCUCAAAUCAUGAAAGGGUAUUUGAAUGAUCCAGAGGCAACAGCAUCCACUAUUGAUGUGGAAGGAUGGUUGCACACUGGUGACAUUGGUUACAUUGAUGAUGAUGAUGAGGUCUUCAUUGUAGAUAGAGUGAAGGAACUCAUCAAGUUCAAGGGUUUUCAAGUGCCACCGGCUGAGCUCGAGGCUCUUCUAAUAAGUCACCCGGCCAUUGCCGAUGCGGCUGUUGUACCUCAAAAAGACGAGGUGGCCGGGGAAGUUCCGGUGGCUUUCAUUGUUAGAGCUAAAGAUUCCGACCUCACUGAAGAAGUUGUCAAGGAGUUCAUAGCCAAACAGGUGGUGUUUUACAAGAGAUUGCAAACAGUGUAUUUCAUCCAUGCUAUCCCAAAAUCUCCAUCUGGGAAAAUAUUGAGGAAAGAUUUAAGGGCUAAGUUAGCCAAUUCUUCUUCCUAAAUUUGGGCUUGAUGUUUAUCUAUGUACUAUGCCAUCAAUCCAAUUGAGAUUAAAAUUAUGUUAUUGUUGUUAUGAAGUUUGUUUUAUGUACCAAUUGGUUCAAUUGAGUUAGUGUUAUUAUGUAAUAAUUUGUUUUGUUGUGUUACAUUAUUUCUUAUUCUGCUAAUAAAAUUAGGGUUUAACUGAGCCAAGCCUGGCUAUGAAAAACUCGGCUUGGCACUAUUAAACUCGGCUCAUUAAGAAA